AUGUUGUUGAAGGACUUGAAUGAACUCUUAAACCUGCACGGUAAAAAGAUUGAUGAUUAUGAUCUCCCAUCUUUACCCCCUAAUACAAUAGACAGAGGUGCAAUUCCAAGUAUUAUACAAGAGGAGUUAGCGAUCGAUAUCCCCAAUGAAGAUAUUGAAUCAAUUGCUAAGUUAAAUAAUGAUCAAAUGAUUGCAUUCAACACCAUUAUGAAUGUAAUUGUUCAAAAACACAGUGGGGUAUUUUUUGUUGAUGGUCCAGGAGGAACAUGUAAAACAUUCCUUUAUAGAACAUUAAUGGCAAGUUUAAGAAGUAUAGGAGAAAUUGUCUUAGCAACUGCAUCAUCUGGUAUAGCUGCAACAUUGUUACCCGGUGGUAGGACUGCACACUCUCGAUUUAAGAUACCUAUUGAUAUUCAACCGAGUUCCAUUUGUGGUAUUGAAAAGCAAAAGGAUCUUGCAAAUCUCAUUAGAGUUGCUGCCACAAUAAUUUGGGAUGAAGCACCAAUGACAAACAAAAAUUGUUUGGAAGCCUUAGAUCGAUCAUUACAAGACAUUUGUAGCAACAAUGCUCCAUUUGGUGGAAAAGUUCUGAUCAGGGGGGGGGAUUUUCGUCAAGUUCUUCCUGUUGUAAGAAAAGGUACUAAGGCACAAAUGAUUUCAGUGUGUAUUGUUCAGUCUCAUUUAUGGAAUCAUACCAAGAUUUUGCAUUUGCGUCAAAAUAUGCGAUCAUUGCAUGAUCAAGAAUUUGCAGAAUUUCUUAUUCGCAUUGGUGAUGGUGUUGAACCUAUCAAACCAGAUGACAUGGUGAUGUUAUCUUUACAUAUUGCAAUCCCAUGGGAAGGUGAACAUUCCAUACAAGUACUUAUCCAACAUAUUUUUCCUAAUUUAGAAUUGCAUGGUUGGGAUGCCCCAUAUAUGGUACAAAGAGCUAUUUUGACACCAAUAAAUGAUGAUGUCCAGAAAUUGAAUGAUAUGAUUAUCGAUUAG